AGAAAUUGUUCAAUGAUGAAAAAUUUCAGUAGCAUUUUGAACAUCAAUAACAUCGGUACAUCAAGUUUUUUGUGAACGAACAACAACAACAACUAAAAUGAAUUCAGAUGAAUUUCGUGAAGCAUCCAAACAAUUAACAGAUUAUAUUGCUGAUUAUAUUGAAGGUUUACGACAAAGAUCAGUUGUACCGGAUGUUGAACCAGGUUAUCUGAAUGAUUUAGUACCAGAAUUACCACCUGAACAAGGUGAACCAUGGUGUAAUCUGUUUAAUGAUAUUGAACCUGUUAUUAUGAAAGGAAUGACACAUUGGCAUUCUCCACGUUUUCAUGCAUAUUUUCCAACAGCCAAUUCAUAUCCAGCAAUUUGUGGUGAUAUGUUAUCAACUGCAUUGGCCUGUAUUGGUUUUACUUGGAAUGCAGCACCAUCAUGUACCGAACUGGAAAUGCGUAUGAUGGAUUGGCUUGCAUGGAUGAUUGGCCUACCAGAAUAUUUUCAAUUUAAAUAUGGUCCUGGUGGUGGUGUUAUACAAACAACGGCAAGUGAAUCAACAUUAAUUGCAAUACUUGGUGCACGUACACAAAUUCUUAAACAAUAUGGUUUGGAUAAUCGUAUUGCUGAUGAUCAAGAUGAUGAUGAAGAUCAAGAAGAUGGUCAAGGUGGUCAAUAUGAUGGCCAUUCAAAACAUUAUGAAUUACUUGGUCGUAUGGUUGCUUAUGCAUCCAAUCAAUCACAUUCAAGUGUUGAAAAAGCAGCAAUGUUAAGUGCAACAAGAAUCCGAUUGAUUCCGGUUGAUAGGGAAAAAAAUUAUUCAAUGAAUGUUGAUCGAUUACGAAAACGUAUUAUAGCUGAUAAACAACGUGGUCUAAUUCCAAUGAUUGUCAUAGUUACAUUAGGUACAACAAAUACAUGUUCAUUUGAUAAUCUUUUCCGUAUUGGUGAAAUAUGUUCAGAAUUUCGAAUAUGGUUACAUGUUGAUGCUGCUUAUGCUGGUUCAGCAUUUGUUUGUCCAGAAUUUCGUCAUUAUAUGCAUGGUAUUGAGCAUGCAACAUCAUUUACAAUGAAUCCACAUAAAUGGCUUUUAGUUAAUUUUGAUUGUAAUGCAUUUUGGGUAAAAGAUAAAAGCCUAAUUGAAGAUGCAUUCAUUGUGAAUCCAGUUUAUUUAAAACAUGAAAACCAGAAUCGUAUUCUUGAUUAUCGGCAUUGGCAAAUACCAUUAGGACGACGAUUUCGUUCAUUAAAAAUGUGGUUCGUAUUUCGUAGCUAUGGUCUGAAUGGACUGCAAAAACACAUUCGAAAGCAAAUAGAAUUGGCAAAAUUAUUCGGACAAUUGUUAAAAACUGAUGAUCGAUUUGAAUUGUUUGAUGAAAUACGAAUGGGUUUAGUUUGUUUUCGAUUAAAGGGAUCAAAUGAAUUGAAUGAAAAACUUUUACAAUCCAUCAAUCAUGGAAAGGAAAUAUUUUUAACACCAGCAAAAGUAAAUGAACAAUUUAUUAUACGAUUUGCCAUUUGUUCACGUACAACCGAAGAAAUGGAUGUUCAAUUUUCAUGGAAUUUAAUUCAAAAACAUGCUGAUCAAAUUAUUCUUCAACGACCGAAAUAAAACCGGAUAACAUGAUUAUCAAAAAAAAAACUACAGUAUUUUGAAUUCGAACGAUUCAAUCGAUCAUCU